AUGUCGGCAGAAUCAUCUGUUAACGGAUCCUAUCAGCGUCUCAAACAUUUGAUGACGUGUUUCGUUUGUUACAACAAGUACAGCGCCAGUCGCAAACCCAAAUGGCUAAUUUGUAAGCACUAUUUCUGCCAGCAGUGCCUAGCUACAAUUCAGGAGAAAGGGAUGAUUAAAUGUCCACUCUGUCGCCAGCUUCAAUUCUACUCUGAGGAGACAUCAGUCCAGCCGGAUGCUGUCGUCGAUUUGAUGGAGAAAGCCUCGGUCCACCUGGCCAGGUUGAAAGCCAACCAGCGGCUUAAGCGAGAGCUGGAAACAGCUAAGAUUAAGAAGAUUCAAUUGUGGGAAGAAAAAGAAAGAAAACUCGAAGCGGAUUUGGCUAAUUUUCGCCAAUCUUCUACAUUCAAAGAUUUUUCCGCGCUUCAGUUAGCGUUGGCUUUAGCCAAGAAUCAAGUGAUUCCUCUCGCCAGUCAAGAUCGAAUUAAUUUUUAUUCGGAUUUCCAAGAGAGAUUGGAACAGUAUUUGAGAAAUUCGGCCAGCGUAACAAACGAUGAAGUCAUCAGCUGGAUUGAGGGGGUCAAUAAUCAAAUUACAGCUAAAGAUUUUACCGACUACCAUUUCAUCCGCGCCUUGACAGCUGCCAUCAUCAAUUGUUCAAUUAAAGGUAAUUUUGGGUUUAAAUUUAAAACAUCAUAAAACGCCAAGAAAUUUAAAUAU